CUAAUUUAGUGGUCAGUGUGGCUAUAAACGUUUAAACCUCGCGAGAGAGGGACGAAGGCGCGGGACGAUAUUGCGAGCCCUAGAUGUCGCAGCGAUCAGGCCAUGGACGACAAUCGAUGCCUGUGGAAGAAGGACUGGCCGGAAGAAUCCCAACUUAACGUCUCCUAUCUGCUAUAUUCCGCGAUGAAGGAUCGGGAUCCUGAGCCAGUGGACCAGGAAUCGCUCAAGAAGUUUUGCCAGGCUAUGGAGAGGGUGACAUUCGCAAGCUCCGACACACUGGAAGAUUACAUCGCCAACAUUGCGUGCUUGAUCGAAGGGAAGUGCCACCAACGAAUCGGCCCCGAAGAGAAAGAUUACCUCAAGCUCGUCACAGAGGAGAUCCUCGAAACCAUGUCGUCAUCGCCUUCGCAAUCACAACGGCGAGAAGACCAUCCAACUGCGGCUGUAGCUCUUGGCGAGGAUGAAGCAGCACGAGCAGCCAGCACCAGCGAGACCACGAUACCGGAGCUCGAUCUCACUGAUAUCCCCGACUUUGUAAAUUCAACUGCUAACCUCGACGACAUUGAAAUGACUCUGGACAGCAUGCCGGAUGAUUUACACUUGCUCGACGAUACCAAUAUGAUAUAAUCAAUCGAUUGAGUCCUUCCUUCUGUAACACCAUACUCCUCGAUAUCACGACGAUUUUGUAUAGAAUUUUCAGAGUGUCACUAUAAAAGCAAAACACCAUCAUAUAACUUUUGCGAAAUAAA